AUGACAAUACCUGACAAAGUCACCCAAGCAUCACGACCGCCCAUUUGCCACCAUGGUGACAGCAACAGCAGCAUCGUAUCAGCAACGGACGGGUUGACACUGGAGAAGGUGCUUGAGAACCAAGCCUCUCGUCCGUAUAGCCUUCGUGAAUUUGCCGAUUACCUGGAACAAACCUAUUGUUCUGAAAACUUGUCCUUUUACAUGGCGGUGACAGAUUAUCGAGAAUCGGCACGUUUGUACUUUGGCAGUAGCCCAGAUACGUUGAAGUCUCAUGCAACGGUGCCUACGCUGGAUGGACAAAGCAUGGCAUUUUGGUUUCGUUUGGAUGAGGAACCUAUGCUGAAUCAUGAGUUGCAAAUUCGAUUCAAGACACUCAGGGCCAAGUUUCAGGAUAUCUUGGAGCGUUUCAUUUUCACCAAUGCACCUCAAGAAGUGAAUAUCCCAUAUGAAUUACGCCAUCAAUUAUUACAGACGCAUCGUGAUCAACAUUGUUUUCAUCCAGCAUUGCUUAAGCCUCCUUGUGUUGCUGUUGUGGAAUUGAUGAGGAUUAGCGCUUUUAUUCCUUUUGCAACGGAUCCAGAUCGGAUGGCUAUCGCCGCUACUGCUGCUGCUACUCCUACGGUUACACCAAAACCCAGCAAGUCAUCAAAAUCUUUAUUAUCUCCAUCUUCUCCAUCUUCUCCACCACGUCGAUUACGUAGUUGUUCCUCAUUAUCAGGACACGAAAUGGCCCCUGCACAUUCUUCUCCUGUUCCUCCUGUUCCGGUCAUCCCAUUGUCAGCAAGGGCACAUCACCAUGCAGACAACGCUCAUCAUUGGUCAUCCUCCACUCUUUCUCCUCCCACCACGUGGUCUGCCGAUUAUGAUGAUAUCUCGGUGACAAGCACAACAAGCAAUUCAAGCCAUCACACUUCAAGCAUAUUGAAAAAGAUCACAACCUCACUCAGACUACGUGCUCGAUCUCAGUCUCCUCCACGUCAAACAAGCUGGAAACAAAUCAUUCCCGAUCCACAAGCUUUUAUGCAUACUCCGCCUGCCAUGGAACGAGGUCUCAGUAACAGCAGCAUCACAUCCACGACAUCCACUACAUCCAGUAGCCGUGGUAGCAGUAGUAAUCAAAGCAUGCCUAAUACAACACUUCCAUCAUCACCACCACCUCAACCAGUGUCUCGCCAUCAUCAUCAUCAUCAUCAUCUUGAUACCCCUGCCUCUCAUUAUUCAUCACACUACAACGAUGCUUCUUCCUCUCAUCAUCCAUUACCUUCUUCCCCUGGUGGCACUCACAGCAGCAACAACAACAACAACAACUUCCACACAUCAUCAUCAUCCUCAUACAUUUGCUGA